AUGUAUCACACAAGAAUUGUAGAUUUAAAUUGUUUUAAUUGUUAUGAAAGCAAAAAUGGGUUACCAUUGUUUCCAAAGCCUCCAAUUCAUUUAAUUCCUUCAACAAAAACUUUAACAUAUUUUAGAUCUGAUUCAAUAUGUUCUGGUGUAUCAGAUUAUGAUUCUACUUCCGAUGAUGAAAACAUAACAAUUAUUAGGAAGAAACCAAUGGAUAUUAGAAAAUUACUUCCACCGAUUGGCGUUUUUUGGGAUAUAGAAAACUGUCAUGUUCCUAAGGGUAAAUCAGCCACAGCAGUUGCCCAGGCAAUCAGAGAUAGGUUUUUUGUUGGUUAUAGAGAAGCUGAUUUUAUUGUAGUUUGCGAUGUGACAAAAGAGAAAAGUAGAAUUAUUCAAGAAUUAAAUGAUGCUCAAGUUAAUUUAAUACAUGUUGCUGCCACUUGUAAAAAUGCUGCCGAUGAAAAACUAAGACAAAGCAUUCGAAGGUUUGCUGACACUCACUCUGCUCCCGCAGCAAUUAUUCUUAUUUCAGGUGAUGUUAAUUUUGCUGGUGAUUUGAAUGAUUUAAGACAUAGGAAAAAAAUCCACGUUAUACUAGUUCAUCAUUCGAAUGUAUCGAAAGCUUUAGUUUUAUGUGCAAGUGAACAUUAUAGUUUUGCUGAUUUGGUUGAAAAAAUACCAAUGAGAGAAAUAGUACAGAAUGAUAAUACUUUAUAUGAAGUAAUUGUAUCAAAUUUACCAGAAGACAAAGAGCCUGCAAAAGUAAAAUGUCGUUUAAAACAACUUUGUGAGAAUAGCGGGGGAAGGGUUGGAUUCAUCACCAAAACUUUAUGUUCAAUUAAAUUUCCCACAAUCGAAUUUGCUGCAAGGAAAAAUAAAUAUAUUUUUCAAACAGGUAUAAAUUCUUAUAAACCUGUCGAAAACUUGCACGGUACAGUUGAAACGGUAAAUAUAGGAUUUUAUUAUUCAUUUCCGUUUCUGAAUUAUUGUAAAUGUGAAAAUUCAUAUCUUUCCGUCACAAGGAUUCGGGGAAAAAAGCGAAUGGACGGGGAAAAUGUUUUUGGUAAUAAAAUAAUUGUAAGCGAUCCGAUGCAAAUGGAGGAUUGGAAUUGGCACGUUCGCCGUAAUAAAAAAAAUCAUGGAAAAAAAAAUUCGGAAAUGAUGAACGGAUGUGGUGCUCUAAUCCGGAAACAGCAAAAAGAAGAUAACGGUUUUCAUUUCAAUGACAUACAUUCGUACAAACCCUAUGGAAAUAAUGAAAAUAAUUUGGCUCACUCGCAAAACAUCGAUCCAUCGUUUCAUCAACAGUUAACCAAAAACAUGGUUCCAUUUUUUUCAAAUAACAUUAGUAAUUUUACUUUUCCAAAAGUUCCAAAUAUUGAAAAUUUAAAAGUCAUACAAAAUCCUACAUCGCACGCACUUCAAAAAUCUUACAUGAAUAAUAAUAAUAAUAAUAAUAAUAAUUUAGAUGAUGGAUCGAUGAUAAAUGGUGGUAGUAGUAGUAGUAGUAAUAGUAGUAGUAGUGUCAAAAAAAAUGGAACGGAUAAUAGAAAGUUUAAUAAUAAUAAUUUAAAUAAUCACGGUGAUGGAUUAAAUUCAAGAUUGAACAAUGCGGUUUUUAAUUCUUCGACUCCAAAUGGGGAAAACGGGUUUUAUUCAUAUGAUAACAAUCAACAAUUAUAUUUGGCUCAAGCUCAUCAAUUACAAAUGUUAACACAAAAUUCGUCCUCAUAUGGACAAAGAAAUGUUUCGUCGAAUGUUCAAGAUCAAAUGUCGUCGUCGUCGUCGUCGUCGUCGUCGUUGUCGAAUCAUUUAAUAAAUAGAGGAAACGGAAGUGGUGGAGGAAGCGGUGGUAACGGUGGUAAUUUCGGUGGUGGUCGUUUAAUUCGCGGAACACACGGAGGUAAUAAUAAUCUCAAUUUUAGCAACACGAGUAGGUCUGGUUACAGUGAUGAAGGUUGCGAUAGUUUUAUAUCAAACGAACAAUGUUUCGAACCCGUACAAAAGCCGGAAUGUUCUAGUCCAGUAUAUUUACAUGUGAGCGGACUCGAUCCUCACAUGGAUUUGAUUUCCGCUAAAACAAUGUUGACAAAUAGCUUUAAAAUGCACGUUGAGGUUCUUUCUGUCUCAGUUUUUUGUUUAUCUGAUGGUAGUCUCGUUGCCAGCGUCAAAGUGCCGUCAUUUCAAGAUGCUCAGUAUGCCAUAUCACAACUUCAACGUCGAAGAUUCGGUUCUAGAAGGAUAACGAUAGCUUUUCAAAACAUCAGCCGAUCUCAGGUAGCUCAACUAUUGUCUGAAAUUCCUCAAAAUAAAACUCCUUUAUUCAGGUUUACAGAAUUAUUCAAAUCUAGGUUUUUAAAUUCGGUUAGCGUUUCCGAAUUGAACAAAAUGAAAGAUGUAUGUGUUAUAACGGAAGAAGAUGGCGGUAGAAUGAUAACCGCAAAUACCAGGUCACAAAUCAGUUCAUAUCCUAAUCAAGAAAAAAAAGAAGCCACAGUUCCAUAUUGUCAGUUGCAUUCACACAAAACCCUUUCAGAUUCCGAACUACCACUUUUACCAUCUGUAAAUAUUAGUUUGAAAUUAUUAACGAGUAGAAUUUUAUCACUGUUGGAAAGUCACGGGGGUAAAUUAUUUUUACCGAGUUUGGCGGAUUGUUAUCAAUCACAAUUUGGUCCCCUACCCGAAGACGUUGGGGGCGUCCCGUUGGAACAUUUAGUAUCCUGUAUUCCCGGUGUGGAUAUGUCUCAAAGUCACGGUUCCGUUAAAUAUUUAACAUGGGCGACGGCGACAUCUCAACCAAACGAUGAAAAUGUAAAGUGCGUUAGUCCGAUGUUGGUGGGAACCAUGUCCGUUUUUACAAGAGAAUUAUUGGAUUUAUUAAAAGACACGCCGAAAUGCUUGCUUCCAUUUUCACAGUUCAUACCGUCAUAUCAUCGAAAGUACGGAAGACAAUGUAGAGUUUCAGAUUACGGUUAUACAAAACUUUUGGAUUUGUUAGAAUCUAUGCCGCAUAUUUUACAAGUAAUCGGUAACGGAACGUAUAAAAUAGUCACGCUUUCGCAUAAAACUCAAAUAAGAAGAUUUACGACUGAUUUACUUAGAAUAUUAAAAAAUCAAACGAAUCGUCAAAUUGAUCUCAAAGAUUUUGGUGUGCAAUAUGAGAAAAUUUUCGGAAGAACUUGGGAUCCCACGUAUUACGGUUUAUGCGAAUUAGAAGAUUUAAUCAAUUGCGCACCGCAAUCUGCAAUAGUCAUGGAAAAUAAAGAAGAUGGGAAAAUAUUAAUAUCGAUUCCGAAAAGGGAACAAACUCCCGAAGAAUUAGAAUUAACGAAAAAAUUUGCUCAAGAGGUUGUAGAAUUGUUAAAGCGAGUUCCUAAUUGUUCUAUGGAAUUUAAUAAAUUUGUUCCCGCUUACCAUUCACAGUUUGGUCGUCAGUGUCGAGUUUCAAGUUACGGUUGUUUUAAAUUAAUCGAAUUAUUCGAAUCGAUACCGGAAACGGUUACAAUUCACGAGGAUGCAAGUCGCGGUGAAAAAUAUUUAAUAUUAACUCCCGCCAAAAAGUUGCAAGUUUUCGCCGAAAGAGUGUGCUCAAUUUUGUCGGCAAAAGAUGGCGUCAUGUUACUUUUCAGACUUGAAUUUGCUUAUCAGUUUUACCAGUAUGAAUCUUUGGUCGCGCCAAGUGAUUGCGGUUGCGAAACUUUCGAACAGGUUUUAAUGAAAAUUCCAGAAUACGUUAAGCUCGAAGAUUCUCGUAACGGUCGUCUCGUUAUUUUAAUACAUAACACGGAUCCGGUCGUUUUGAUUCCUAGAGUGAGAUUCAUUUUACUCAAUCAAGAUAAAUUAACUGCCAAUCAAUUUGUAAAAGCGUACACUCAGCAAUAUCAAAAUAAAAUCGAUUUGGAUGCGGAUCUCAAUAAAAUACCCGAAGCGGUUAAAGUCGUCAAAAAAGGAGGAGAAACUUAUGUUCAGUUGACGCUACUUUCAGUUUUUGCCAAUCAAAUGUAUUUAUUACUUUCCGAUCACAAGGGAAGGAUUCGACUCUACAAUUUCGAAUCGUUUUAUCAAAACAAAUUCAAAAAACCAUGUUUGCCUUCUCAAUUCGGUUACCCGACGUUAACGUCUCUUCUCUCAGCCAUACCGGAAACGGUUACCGUACAAAACAAUGAAUAUUGUCCACAGAAAAGAGUUAUAACUUUAAACGUCGAUCUCAAAAGUGCUGGAUUUCGUAUUCCAACGUUUAAUAACGGAAAUUCGAAAAUGAAGGAAACGGAUACAGUUAACGGUUCGGAUAAUAAUAAUAAACAACAUCGUUCGUACGAUUUGUGGCAAAGCGAUUCGUUGUUUCCCUGUUGGAACGACAUAAACGGAUUCACGACGGAAAACAUAACGGUUCCUCAUCCGUCAGAACUUCCAUUGCCAUCAGCGAAAUUGGCUUCUCCCGUGCAAAAAAUGCUUCAACUCGAAUCCGGGGGUUAUCGAAACGAAGUUGAAGCAACGUCAACCACUGGCGAAAACAUUCCCGGAAUGAGUAGGAUUGCUGCGCAUUUCGAUAAUCUCAUAUAG